AGGUGAUCAAUGGCUAUAGAGUUUGCGUUUGAAGAGUUGGAAUCUUACACAAACAGAUUCGAAACAAUUCUUGGUGAAGGUGCGUUUUCUAAGGUGUAUCGUGGCAACAUACCUGGAAACAACCCACGCAAUCUCCCUGCGCAAUCGGUGGCAAUUAAAGUCUCCAACAACCCCGAUGAUCCACAGUUUGAGAAUGAACUGCAGUUCUUGCAACAAAUUCAGGGACAUCGAAACAUAAUCGGCUUGGUUGGAUGGUGCCAAACAGAGUCCAAAUUCUACAUAGUUCUAGAUCUUGCUUCUGGAGGGGCACUUUCAGACAAUAUAGUUGAUUAAUCAUUUGUCUCAACGAGAGGUGUUCUCAAACUCUAGGAAUGGUAUACAACCUUUGAUGAGUUAGACCUGAGGAUGCGGACCUGGACCCUGCUUUGUGUGUUCUAUUCUUAACUCUGGCUAGUUGUCUGUGACGAAUUGUUCUAUUUUUGGUUACAUUUGAUAUUGUGAGACUGGGUUAUGCUUAUUAGUAGUUACUAGUGUUGGUGGUGAGUUAACCUUCGAGUUAAAUAGAAUGAACUUAGGUGAUCACAAAUCUGCUUGCUUCUUGGAACGUGCGUGUUUACUUGUAUAUAGUAUUUCACUAUUUAGCUAAUUAUGAAUGAGCGAUUUUGCUCACUCCUUUACAGGUUCAAGGGGAAAGGAAGAGUUAUGAUGGACUCGGUGAUAGAAUCGCUUUUGUGAUUGUAGGACUUGUCUGCAAUUAGUAGAUAUUGAAUGCUACAAUUUUCAUUUUCAUUAAUGUAAAUUAUUUGUUUGGGCAUGUUCGUGUGCUCAUUAGACUAACCUUGUUAUCACGUUGCUCUGUCUACCGUAUUGCUAUGUCUUUUUGAAUGUAUAGAACCCCUGUUAGUAGCAUUA